GAUAUGAAUCAAUAUUCUAUGCUCCAGCAAUUCAUGCUUCUUUCACUUUGCCAAACAAAUGAUUUCAGAAGUUUGGACAGCAUCUGGUGCAAUUUGGAUAUUGAAAGUUAGUCAAAAAUUGCUGACUUUUCUAACUUGUCUUUGUUUUCUCCUGCAGUUGUGUGGUUCCAUUAUUUUGGGAGUCUCCAUAUGGAUACGUGUUAGUAAAGAUGCUCAGCAGGAGCUGGAGAUAGACAGCAGCCUGUUUGCAGGGGUUGAUCUGCUGAUAGCCGUGGGCUCCAUCAUUAUGAUCCUUGGGUUUCUGGGGUGCUGUGGUGCUGUGAAGGAGAGCCGGUGCAUGCUGCUUUUGUUUUUUAUUGGACUGCUUCUGAUCCUGAUUCUUCAGGUCACAGGAGGUAUUUUAGGAGCAGUAUACAGAUCUCAGGCUGAAAAAAUCCUUGACGAGGCUCUAAUGAGUAGCGUGAAAAAACUGCAAAGCUCCACAGAAGAUUCUAAAGCGUUUCAGGAGAAGUUCCAGAAAUUUGAGAGAGAGAACCGAUGUUGUGGAUUGCUGAAAGGAGCUGAAGACUGGGGAAACAAUUUUAACAACCCUUCCGGUAGCUAUAAAAUCUGUCAGUGCGAACUAGAGAAGUCAUCACAAGAUGUUUGCACUAUCUAUCAAGGCAGAGAGAUCUAUAAAACGCCUUGUGGAGAAGUGAUUGUCAAAUACAUUAAAGACCAUCUGGUCAUAAUUAUGGGGAUCGCCUUUGGACUGGCUGUUAUUGAGAUUCUUGGUUUGGUGUUUUCUAUGAGCCUCUACUGCCAGAUCCAGAGAAAAUGAAACUGUGGAAGUGUCAGAAUGACAUCACCAGCCAAAUGCAAACAGUUCUAGGUAGAAGGAUAUUUGGCUUGUGACAUUCAGAUAAUUACACGCAUGAUCCAGGCAGCUGUUCUGAUGAAAACAGCAGCCUUGCACAUGUGGAUGCUUCACAAUUUUCAAAAUGACCUCUUUAUACUUCAUAAGGCUUAAUUAUGUGAAUACAAGUUUUUAUUUGCAAUAAACAUCUUCGUUUAUGUUUCUGAGGUGUUUAUUUUGUCCAAAGACAGCAUUUAAGUCACGUUGAG